AUGGACGCGACCAAAGAGCUUCCCCAGGGACUGAUUGUGACAGCGAAACAGACAUACUAUCCAAUUGAACUGUCAAAUGCGGAAUUGUUGGCCCACUAUGAGACUAUCCAAGAUUAUCAUCAGGAAAUCUCCGCGAAUGUUAUAUCGCAAUCUUGCAAAUUCAAACCAGACCCCAAGCUUAUAGACCAGCAACCUGAGAUGAACCCACAUCAGACUCGGGAACAAGUGAUGGGCGUUUUAUUUGAGUUGUCAGUGAAGACUAGAGUUACCAAUGGUAUAUUUUUCCAUGCUGCCCGUCUUUAUGACCGCUAUUGUUCUAAAAGGGUGGUGUUGAGGGAGCAGGCAAAGCUUGUCAUUGCUACUUGUCUUUGGCUUGCAGCAAAGACAUGGGGUGGUUGCAAUCAUAUCAUCAAUAAUGUCACUAUUCCGACUGGUGGAAGAUUUUAUGGGCCCAACCCCAGAGCACGUAUUCCGCGUUUGUCCGAACUGGUACAUUACUGUGGUGGAUCUGAGGUUUUUGAUGAAAGCAUGUUUAUGCAAAUGGAAAGACACAUUUUAGAUACCCUAAAUUGGGACGUUUAUGAACCGAUGAUUAACGAUUAUGUGCUUAAUGUCGAUGAGAACUGUUUGAUACAGUACGAGUUAUACAAAAAGCAACUUGAGCACAACAAAGAGUGGUUCAAAAGAUCAGAGCAAACCUCUGAUAGUGACGCCACGGAGGAAGAUGAAGACGAGGACGAAGAUCUCGAUAACAAGAUCAGAUCUAUCAAUAUUAAGAAGUUCUUGAUAGAUUUAUCGACUUGGCAAUACGAAUUACUAAAGUACGAGAUGUUCGAAAUAGCACAUGGAAUAUUCUCUGUGCUAAACAAAUUCACGAAGCAAGAGCAAGGUCCACUACUGAUGGCACCCUUACCAACUUCGGCCAAUCAAACGACUCUCUUAAAAAUCUUCAUCUCCGCUGUAGCUGAUGCUCCUCAGGAUCUAAUUCAACUCUAUAAAGAAUGCUAUGGGGUUUUACCAUUUAUUGCAACUGUCAGAGAACAUCAUACUUCGAUGCAAAAAAAAAUGCAAUACGCAGCUGCUAUGGAUCUAUCGAGGAGAUCAACCCUAUGCUACGAGGUUCCUUCCAUGCCAUCUCCCCCAUACCCUAAUCACAACUACACGCCUAUGAGAAAUGUGACAGCUACAUCAGACACUAGCAUCUUUAGCACCGUUGAAUCCCAACCCUCCCCCGUGACACCGAUCAUGUAUUCAUUUCCUCAUAACAAGGGGUUACCAGGAAGCUCUUGCGGGUCCACGUUGAGCGUGAAUAGCAUCACUAACAAGAGAUCUAGAGGGGAGGAUUAUGAUUACAUGGAUGAGGACAAAGAAAAUCAAGAUCCCACUUUUGUUGUCCCACCCCGCGCCAAAUUUGUGGGUAACGGUAUUUUUGCCUCUGGUGGCACAUCAGCUACAAAUAGCAAUAGGUCUUCUCUCGUGUCUCUUGCGAUAAGCAACAUAAAUAACAUGGUCUAG